AUGAAAAAAAAACAAACUACUUUCAACAACAAUAAUAAUUCCGUUUCAACGACAGCUGAUAAUCUUCUGAGUCAACCAAGUCAAUUACAUAUGAACAAUGGUACAGUUACGAUGAUGAAGAAAAGCAAAAGAAAAAACUACGGUCGAUUAGUUAAAAGAUUGAAAUACAAGUUUAAAUUGGCCAAUGUAGUUCUUCGUAAAUCUGAUAAAUCCAAAGUAUUCCACUUGGGCAGACUUGAUGAAUACAAUAAAAAAUCAAAUGAAUAUAUGGAAAAAACCAAAGCAUACAAAUGUCUUGGUACUCAAGAUCCACUUGCAGAUUUAAUUCAAAGAACAAAUAAAUAUCUGUUAGAUCUGAGAUUAAUCAAAUGGAUAACUCAAAAACAAUAUGAGCAAUUGAGUAUCAAACCAAAUGAAGUUGAACUAGCUCAUUUAUAUUAUUUACCAAACGCUCAUAAACCUGGUACUCCUCUUCGACCUAUUGUAUCUGGACUAAAACAUCCAACAAUUAAAAUUUCAAAAUUUCUUGAUCAAUUACUUCGACCUCUGUUUCAUCAAAUGGCUUCAAAGACAACGGUUACUUCUGGCUUUGAACUAAGUAAAUAUGUACAAGAAUGGUCCAAAAUUAAUCUACGUCAAGAUACAUUAUUUUGUACUCUUGAUGUUACUGGUCUGUACACAAUGGUACCACAAAUAGAAGGAGUAUUAUCAUUGAAGAAAAUGUUGGAUUAUUUACAACUGAAACAAAUUGGUGGUCUUAAAAUUGAAACAAUUAUUCGUUUAAGCCGAUUUGUUAUGAAAAAUAAUUAUUUCUCAUAUGAUGGUCAAUAUUAUCAUCAAAUACGAGGUGGAGCAAUGGG